AUGGUCGUUCUCCCAAAAUCGCUGUCCCCAAAACACCUCCUCAAGCUCCUAAAAUCAGAGAAAAACCCCCGCGCCGCCUUCACUCUAUUCGACACAGCGACUCGCCACCCAAACUAUGCACACUCCCCCGUCGUCUUCCACCACAUCCUCCGACGACUCGCGGACGCCCGUAUGGUCACCCAAGUCUCCCGCGUCGUCGACCUCAUCAAAUCACAAGAAUGCAAAUGCGACGAAGACGUAGCUUUGUCAGUCAUCAAAACCUACGGGAAGAACUCAAUGCCCGACCAAGCUCUCGACGUGUUCCAACGAAUGUCGGAGAUUUUCGGGUGCGAGCCUGGGAUUCGAUCUUACAACUCUCUUCUAAGUGCCUUCGUGGAGGCGAGGGAGUGGGAUAAAGUCGAGUCCUUGUUUGCUUAUAUCGAAACAGUUCCGGGUUUAAAGGCUAAUCUGCAGACUUAUAAUGUUUUGAUUAAGAUGUCGUGUAAGAAGAAACAGUUCGAGAAGGCGAAAGGGGUUUUAAGUUGGUUGUGGGAAGAGGGUUUGAAGCCUGAUGUGUUUAGUUACAGUAAUGUGAUUAAUGAGGUUGUUAAAGCUGGAGAUUUGGAUGAUGCGUUGAAGCUGUUCGAUGAAAUGUCUGAGAGAGGAGUGGCGGCUGAUGUUACUUGUUAUAAUAUUUUAAUUGAUGGGUUUCUUAAGGGGAGAGAUUAUAACAAGGCUAUGGAGCUUUGGGAGAGAUUGUUGGAGGAUGUUUCUGUUUAUCCGAAUGUUAAGACUCAUAAUAUAAUGAUUAGUGGUUUGAGUAAGUGCGGGAGGGUAGAUGAUUGCUUGAAGAUAUGGGAGAGGAUGAAGGAGAAUGAGCGAGAGAAAGAUUUGUUUACUUAUAGUAGUAUGAUACAUGGGCUGUGUGGUGUGGGGAGUGUUGAUCAGGCUGAGAGUGUGUUUAAAGAGUUGGUGGAAAGUAAGGUUUUUAUUGAUGUGGUUACAUAUAAUACUAUGCUUGAUGGGUUUUGCCGUUGUGGGGAGAUCAAGAAGAGUUUGGAGUUGUGGAGAGUCAUGGAGAAUAAGAAUUCAGUUAAUACUGUGAGUUAUAACAUUUUGAUUAAAGGGUUGUUAGAGUAUGGUAAGAUUGAUGAAGCUACAAUGAUUUGGAAGCUUAUGCCUGCGAAAGGAUACACAGCUGAUAAUAUAACGUAUGGUAUUUAUAUACAUGGGUUGUGCGUGAAUGGUUAUGUAAAUAAAGCCUUGGAGGUGAUGAAAGAGGUUGAGAGCAGAGGUAAACAUCUUGAUGUUUAUGCAUAUUCCUCAAUUAUAAACUUUUUGUGCAAAGAGAGGAGACUCGAAGAAGCAUCAGGUUUGGUGAAAGAGAUAAGCAAGCAUGGCGUGGAGCUUAACCCUCAUGUCUGUAAUGCAUUAAUGAGUGGAUUAAUCCGAGACUCGAGAGUUAGUGAUGCUUCUUUUCUCCUGAGAGAGAUGGCGAAAAGCGGUUGUCGUCCCACUGUUGUAUCUUACAACAUUCUUAUUGACGGCUUGCGUAAAGCAGGAAACUUCGGUGAAACAUCAGCUGUUGUGAGAGAAAUGCUUGAAAACGGAUGGAAACCAGAUCUUAGAACAUACAGUUCACUUCUGGGAGGUCUUUGUCACGAUGGGAAGAUCGAUUUAGCCCUUGACCUGUGGAACCAGUUUCUUAAAACGGGUCAAAAACCAGAUGUGACCAUGCAUAACAUUCUGAUUCAUGGUUUGUGUUCUGUUGGGAAGAUUGAUGAUGCAAUACAAGUGGUAGCGGAGAUGGAGCGUAGGAACUGCGUUGCGAAUCUUGUAACUUACAACACGUUGAUGGAAGGAUGCUUCAGUGUUAAAGAUAGUAAUAGCGCUACAGUGAUUUGGGGUUACAUGUAUAAGAAAGGGUGGCAACCUGAUAUUAUAUCUUACAAUAUUCUACUUUCAGGGUUGUGUAUGUGUGGCAGAGUUAGGCACGCUAUUGAGUUCUUUGAUGAUGCUCGAAGGCAUGGCAUUGCCCCAACCGUUGUCACCUGGGACAUACUUGUUCGAGCUGUGGUUAAUUGCUAACGUAAUGGAUAGUAAAGGAAAACGGUUUCAUAGUUUGGCUCUAGAUUUGAUCUUUAGACCAGCUUAGCUUAGCUUUCUGUGAUAAAGGUGCAAUGCUCCUCCAUUAUUUACCGUGGAGACAUUCGGUUUUGGAGGUUGAGUUGUUAUGUAUGUGUACUUGGAAGUGUAGGAGGUAAACCACAGCAAGUCAGUAGUGUAUAUUAUACAUGGGAUACAUCAUUUUGGUGGCUCACAUAGGUUUGAGUGAACGUCAUCAAGAUCUGCUACAUUGGAUUAUACAUAUAUCACAAGAAUUUUGGUGACUUGCAUUGGUUUGAAUGAUAUGAGUAAACAUCAUUGAGAUCUGAUGCAAAAGAGAAACUGUAGCUUUAUGUAUCAAACUAAGAGUGAUAUGUUUCCCACUUUCGGUCUGUUUUAUCUUGUCAUUAUUGAUCUGAUUCGACUGAUGAAAGAGUCCAAUUCUCACCGUCUCUGAUUUAUUCCUUCUUGUUUCCUUUACCCUUAUAUGCUUC